GACUGGUAGACGUUGACUUUCAGACAGCACAGCUCCUCCGGUGUCAUGGACAGAGUCCUUUCUACAAAUCUGUAUCUCGGUCUCUUGGCCUUAAUGCUGCUGCACAGAACGCAUAUUGUGCAAGGCCACAGCCUCUUGAGUCCAGAAAACCAUGUGCUUGGGCCAAAAGAAGAAACAGAUGUUCAGAACAAGAUACUUGCAUUACUGUUGCAUAAAAGCCUUGCGCCAUUACCAGUGGACAGAAAUGAAGCUAUCGGUCUGGAAAUGGCCAGAAAAAUAUCAGAGCUCCAGGAGCUGGAGGCUUUGAAAAAAGACCUUGACCUGCAGAGGGAGUUUGUCUCAGACACAGUGAUGCCUCUUCCCAGCAAAAGAGGAGUGAAUAAUCCAAGUUGCUUCUGGAAGUACUGUGUCUAACAAAAAGGAAAGAGACUACUGGCACUGACUGCACCAUCUCCCAUAGCAUUAUAAGAGCUCUUCACAAUAACAUAGAAAAGCAGGGUUAUCUCUGAGCUGCAAAUGGUAUGACUUCACAUAAUUAGCAUGUAGUGGAAUGCUAAGGCUCUUUAACACAUUUGUCAACUGUACAGGGUUUAAAAACCUAAGUUAUAAAAAAA